UGAACAAGUCCGAUCAACAGAGAAGCAAUAGCGCUGCAGUCUUGGCCACCAGUAGGAUCUAAAUAUUCAGCCAACCCAACAUGCCGCUCGAGAUCGUCACAGAAUGUCCUCAGCAGGACCAAUUCACUCCGCUGUCUGAGCAUCAGGAACAGACCCCGUCCGUGUUCUUCGGCGCGAAGCCUGUUCUCCACCACCACGCUGCAGGAGUCAAGCUAGCCGUAAGGAGAUCAGAAUUUGGCCAAAGUGAAGCAUUGCAACAGCUGGAUCCCUCGCCUGGCGACGCCACGGAGGACUUGAUCCUAGAGACGGACGUUUGGGUCACGUCGAAAAACGUGAUCUUGUAUUCUUCAAAGGCUUCAAAAGGCGUCAGCGUCGACUAUCCAACGAUCGCUCUGCACGCGCUGGGUUCACAGGAUGGCGAGGCAGCCGUCUACCUGCAGCUAGACCUUCAUGACAAGGAUCUGACGAACGACGAUGAGGAUAUUCAGACCUUAACGCUGCAUCUCAUUCCUGGCGCUGAGCCGAGGACUGAGAGCAACGGAGACGCUAAUGGUCACGCUGACGGUCGUCACGCCACGAACGGUGCGCUUCCCGCCAACAGUUCUGCGGCCAAAGCUCUGUUUGAGGCUCUGUCCGCGUGCGCCGAUCUUAACCCAGAUCCAGCGGACGAGGACGAAGAAGAUGAUGGUUCAGGAAUGCCCGAGCCUGGCGCAGGUGGGUGGAUCACCUCAGACAAUAUGCACGAGUUCAUGGAUGAAAGCGGAAACUGGAUAGGCCCUGAAGUUCCCGUUCUAGGUGCGGGUGCAGGACAAGUACGAAGCAGGGAUGCCGUUGACGACGAGGAAGAAGACCCGGGUGACGAACAUGACGAAACAAAAUGGAGAAGAACAAGCUGAGAGGCUUGCUACCUUUUCAAGUCACCUUUUCCCCCCCAAUCGAUUGUGAGCACGUGGAUGAUGCUCCAGCGAAUUGUCGAUCAUAUAUGUAAAAGAAGCCGAGCGUCGAAGAAGUUACUUAUACGAGAGCCUAGGCUGUGGGCGGAAUCAAUUGCAUUUGCGGAAGCGUCAGCUCCUGGCACGCGCGUGUGUGUGUGUGCGUGCAUCUGUUCAGUGAGCGCAAUUGAAGGAAAAGGGCAAAGGGGCAGAUUCAACUGAAGGAGCUGCUCUCAUAUACAUAAGGAACCUUAACAUGUUCUUGCAACAAAGAUGCUCUCGUGAGACACGCAGUGCAUCAUGAAACUACAAGAUAGAUACUACGUAUAUUCAAGCAUAAUCGUGUGAACACUUUGAAC